GCCACGGACCGAGUUGGCCACGGACCGAGUUGGCCACGGACCGAGUUGACUCGGACCGAGUUGGUUACGGAUCGAAUUGACCGACACCCAAAUGGAGAGGGGUUAUCGUGCGUAAAGUAGUGCACUUCUCGCGGCAAAUUUAAGUUUUCAAAAAGUGUUGGUGUGCUUAGCAAGAACCGUUCAGAAGUAGGCCUUAGUUACUUUGCUAAUCCUCGAAUAACGGUAUGGCAGAGUCGGCCGCAGCAGUCGAUGAGAGCCAGGCUGGAACUGGCGUGGCAGCUGACCUCAAGGAGUAUGAGGUCCAGUUCUUUGGCUUCACCCCCAAAUCCUUCAUUGACGGAGUCCACAAUGCUUUGGUGGAUUAUCUCAACGACUCAGUUGAAGCCACGGAGAAAUUCCUUCUUGAAGAGGCUGAAGCGAAUUCUGAAGUCGUAUCCCCGGAAUUUGUCCGAGAAGCAUCGGACAGACUAUUCUCACACUUCUUGAAGACGUUUGACAAGAACUUUGACCGUCUGGAGUCCUACCUCAAGAAGAACCUCUUCCACAUUCCCAGCAACGUGCUUCUGCCUGAAGAUGCUGUACAUUGGCAAGACUACAGUGCGAAAGACGACGUCAAGUUAGACGGGGAUCUUGAGUCAUUACGACAACAGAUCAGAAAUUCCCUUUACGUCAAUGCCAGACUUCGGCAAUGGUUGCAGGAGGCUGAGGUAGCGCAAGCUCAGUUGGACGUCUUACUCCUUCAACUCAACAACUUCCAUCACAUACUCAGCAAAGCCAACAUUUCAGAUCUGAGUGAAUCCAUCGUCUUCAUGGCUGGCAAGGCCCGGAAGCUUCAAGAUCAGCUCACGAUAGUCCUUCAGCAGAACCUCCGAGAUGCCCAGGAACAGCAAUACACAAACCUACCUGCUGUGAUGCCCUUCUCAACUUCGUAACCCUCAUAGCAUGGUGAUGCAACUUUUGGUUUAAAGGGGAUAACUAAUUUUGGAAAUGCUUUAAAACUUUUUGAGCAUUUUCCAAAUCAGUCGACUCUCAUUAUAAAGAGCACUUUUAUAAAGAGGUUCUGCUUAUAAAGAGCGAAUUCUGAGGUCCCAAAUCUCGGGUUCUCUUUGUGUUUCUUUGUCCUUUUAUAACAACAUUCCUGUUAUAAAGAGGUAAUUUGGCUAGUCCCAUCGAUCUUGUAAUAACGAGAUUCGAGUGCCCCUUUAAUUAUUAUUAUCAUGCAAAGAAAAGGGACAAUAGCUUCCAGUGAAUUGUACAUAGCCUUUAAUUUGUGUAAAUAUGUAUAAAUGCUUUAGCUAAGUAUUAAAUGAAGCACAAUUUUCUUUUUUUAGCUACAAUAACAGAUACUUCAUGUAAGGC